CAGGGCAUGGUGUCAGGUGUCAGCAGCUGUUGGAGGUUUGAAGGCUCUCUGCUUGCAUCGAGACAGCAAGAACACUUCGCCAAGAAUAACCUGAAAGGGCCCAGCACGUUACUAAUCCGGUACGGACCGAACUGGACCACGGACAGAGCCGUUGUUCCUCCGCUGCGCUGCGAGCUAACGAAUCUAGGGAGCUGACAGAGCUAACGGAGGCUAAAGGCUAGCUGUUAGAGGACCAGCUUCCCAGCCGGGACAGUCCCCGCUGACCCGGUUCAAUUUGAGUUCUGAGAGCCAGUAUGCUGAUAGCUGCAGUCGGGACUGGAAGCGCAAGCCCCACCUCCAGCGGCAAAAAGCACAGGCGGCGAGGCAAAAAGCACCGCAGAGUCCGGACUAACGAGACCCGCGCUAAUGACGUCUGUGACCUUCGGAAUCUGAACCCUGAUGACAGACACCCACCCCAGAUACAGGACUACCCUCCAGUCACCCCCUUACCAUCACAAAAUACUUGUAAAACAGCCCCACCCUCAGGAAGUACAUAUCAUGACGUCACAGUCACAGUGGACACUUGUCCCCAAGACAGGGACCCCCAGAAACCUUGUCCCCUGAUUGAUCCCUCCACUUCAGAUAUACAACAUAGGCAUUUAGCUGCCCUCUGUUGUCCUAAAAAAGUCACACACAAUGCCAUCCUUCCGCCUCUUAUUAUUCCCCUGACAGUACCACCCACCAGCCAAUCACCUUCAGCCUCUUCUCAGAGCCACACACGUGUCUUAUCUGAGAGCCUCGCUCACACCAAAUUUCUUCCUAGCACAUGUCAGGGCCCCGCCCAGACCAAAUCACCUUGUACUACAAAAGAGGGGGACACCCUCAGCAAGUCACUUCCUGUUGCAUCUCAGAGCCCCGCCCAUAGCCAAUCAUCUCCAAUUGCAAGUCAAUACCACUCUCAUAGCCAGUCACCUCCCACAACCUCAGAGCCCUACACCUACAGACAAUCACUUCCCAUCACAUCAGAGCCCUCCACCUAUAGGCAAUCACCUCCCAUCACAUCAGAGGCCUCCACCCACAGCCAUUUACCUCCCAGCACAUCAGAAGCCUCCGCUUACAGCCAAUCACCUCCCACUACAUCAGAGGGCCCCGCCCACAGCCAGUCACCUCCUGUUCAGUCUCUGAGCCCUGUCCAUGGCCAAUCACCUCCUGUCAAAUAUCAGUGCCCCGCCUACACUAAAUCACCUCCUACCACAGCAGAGGGCCCCAUCCACAUCCUAUCACGUCCUGUUGUAUUUCUAAGCCCUGUCCAUAGCCAAUCACUUCCUGUUACAUCUCUGAGCCCCGCCCACAGCCGUAGCCAGUCCCCAUCAGCUCUAAACCAUAAAAUGCAUGAUUUCAGCACAUUGACUCAUUUAACAUUUGAGAAUUCUAAUCACAAUCUCUCUCAAUCGACCUCAGCCACACCUCAGAUCAGCACCCAUGUCCCUAAAGCCACUCCUACUCCUUUAAGCCCCUCCCACUCAGACCCCUUCCUGGUCACCUCUGUAACCUUCACCUCCAGUGUGUCAUCUCACCUCUACUCCCCCCUGUGCUCUUCCUCCUCCUCCUCCUUCGUCACUUCCUUUGACUCUGCGGCAACACACAUUGGCCCAAAUUCUGGGAUGUCAUCACCGCCCACCCACACAGCCACUACCCCCGCCCCUCCCAUAAGCCCGCCUCCUGCAGAGCUGACCCUGCCCCCUGCUCAGCUUCUGGGCUCUGAUGAUGAGGAGCAGGAGGACCCGUCAGAUUACUGCAAAGGUGGUUACUACCCGGUCAAGAUCGGGGACCUGUUCAAUGGGAGGUACCACGUGGUCCGUAAACUUGGCUGGGGACAUUUUUCCACCGUCUGGCUUUGUUGGGACUUGCAGAAGAAGCGUUUUGUGGCCUUGAAGGUCGUGAAGAGCGCGCCCCAUUACACGGAGACGGCGCUGGACGAGAUCAAACUGCUCAGAUGUGUGAGGGACAGUGACCCCUCUGACUCCCACAGAGAGACUAUUGUUCAACUGAUUGAUGACUUCAAGAUCUCUGGAGUCAAUGGAGUCCAUGUGUGUAUGGUUCUGGAGGUUUUGGGUCAUCAACUGUUAAAAUGGAUCAUCAAGUCAAACUACAUGGGCCUUCCUCUGGUCUGUGUCAAGAGCAUCAUCAGACAGGUGCUGCAGGGUCUGGACUACCUGCACACAAAGUGUAAGAUCAUACACACAGACAUCAAACCAGAGAACAUCUUGCUGGAUGUAGAUGAGGUGUACAUCAGGAGGCUGGCAGCAGAGGCUACUAUCUGGCAGAGAUCUGGAGCCCCGCCUCCUUCUGGCUCGUCAGUUAGCACAGCUCCCAGGGAUGUCCAGAUAGGUAAAAUGUCUAAGAACAGGAAGAAAAAGAUAAAGAGAAAAGCAAAGCGACAACAGAAGCUGUUAGAGGAGAGACUGGUGGACAUACAGAGGAUGGAGGAGGAAGACAGUGUUGACACACACACGAACUGCCCUCCAGUCAUCAAUGGCAAUACUCUCUGCAACACAGCCAAUAACAAAGUGAGUCCAGAGUCAUCCUCGUCCUGGUUGGAGGACAAGUACAAUGGCCACACCACUGGGCGUUUCUCCAGCCCUGCCUCUGGCCUCUCUGGGGUCUCCAACUCAGUGAUAUCAGCCACAUCAGAAUCCACUCUUUCCACACAGUCAGGAUACUCCAGUGGACAAGAUGUGUUCAGCGCGUCAGACUUCGUGCUCAGUCCUCUGGACCCUCACAAUGCUGACAAGCUGCGAGUGAAGAUUGCUGAUUUGGGAAAUGCAUGCUGGGUGCACAAACACUUCACUGAGGACAUUCAGACAAGACAGUACCGGGCCCUGGAGGUUCUGAUUGGAGCAGAGUACGGACCGCCGGCUGACAUCUGGAGCACCGCCUGCAUGGCGUUUGAGUUGGCCACUGGAGAUUAUUUAUUUGAACCUCAUUCUGGCGAAGACUACACUAGAGAUGAAGACCACAUCGCUCACAUCAUCGAGCUGCUGGGCCCCAUCCCUUUGCCCUUCGCCUUUUCUGGCAGGUACUCCAGAGAAUAUUUCAACAGGCGAGGUGACCUGCGCCACAUUUCCAGCCUGAAGCCGUGGGCUUUGUUUGAGGUCCUCCUGGAGAAGUAUGAGUGGCCGCUGGACCAGGCUGCUCAAUUCAGUGACUUCCUGUCGACUAUGUUAGAAUUGGAGCCACAGCGCAGGGCCACCGCCACCCAGUGUCUGCAACAUGCCUGGCUGCAGACAUGAUGGUGUGCAUGUGUGUUUGUGUGUGAUGUCAUGAUGGCAUGAGUACAGUGACGGAGGACUGCUGCUGAGUCACUGACAAGAAGUGAUGUUACAGCCUCCCACUAGGUGACACCACUCAGGCUCAACAACAGCAUAUAAACACUGUAGCUGCCGUCUCUUCUUCACUCACCUUCAGCAUCUCUGGGGUUCUCUCUCAAGGUCGUGGGUUGCUUUCCAAACUCAGCAGCCCCAUCACCCCACUGUACUUCCUGUCUAGCCUGGUGCCAUCCACCUGCCUGCUAGUGUCAGCUAUGUUACCUCACACCUGACACUGGAACACAAAAAGCUCAUGCUGCUCUUGCACACAUUUAGAAUGCACCCCAGUUGACGCCCCUGUUAUCUGUACUUUUGCUCUGCAACUGUCUUUAAUUAAGCUGAUUACCUUUUGUUAGCCCUCUGACCUUGACGGUGAACGAGCACACUCAGACCUUCAACGUCCUCCCCUGUUUCAUGUCAUGAAUAACUAGUGCCUUGAUAUAAUCCCUGACCCUUGACCGCGUCGUCACAGUGGAUUCAACAGUGACCUUUUUUUUUUUUUUUUUAAACCUGUGACCCUUUGGUGUGAAAUGUU